AUGGCGCCUCCUCCGUCAGGCUUGGCUUCCCUGCCAACGGAGAUCAGGCUCAUCAUCUGGCAAUACUGCAUCAGCACCGAUCUCCUUCUCAUAAGUCGAAAGAUCCAUUACGAGGUAUAUCAUCUUGUUUGGCGCCACACCACCUUUCUGCUAAAGUCUCAAAACCACGGCAAAGCCUGCCACGGGCCUGCUCCCGACGUCAGCGACGGGGCUGCGGCGUGUGAAUGCCUCUGCCCUGGUGGAGGCGACACGGUCACCGAAAAGAAGAUGCUCGGUAUUGUCACCGGUGUACGCAAACCCAUCUCCGACAGCUUCUUCGACCUUGAAUACACGCCGUAG